UUCACGGGAGCUGGGGGCAGAGAGAGAAGCCCCUUUGCAGCCGGGCAUCCCAGCCAGGGCCUGGCUGACAGGCUGGGGGCAUCCCAGGCUGGCCAGGACCCGGGAGGCAGAGGUGUGGGCACGGCCUGAGGAUCCCGGCUGACGGGCAGACACAGCUUAUGGUCCAAGGCUGCCCCCGGGCUGCCCGCUUCUCUCCCAUCACCCUGGUACCAGCAGGUACACCAUGCCUGAACCCCCUAAGUACCUCCCAAACCCCAGCUCCACCCACCGUGGGAUUCUGUGCCCUCAGUGGCCAGCGGCCGGGGCCUCCCUGCAGAAGACGGCCAUCGUUCUGGCGCUGCUGCUGGCCAGCGUCCCUCUGCCUCCCACACAGGGCCAGCCCAGGAUUCCUCUGGAGACAGUGAAGCUGUGGGCAGACGCCUUUGGCCAGGAUCUGUACAGCACGGUGACCAAGUACUCAGGCUCCCUCUUGCUGCAGAAGAAAUACAAGGACAUGGAGCCCAGUCUGAAGAUCAAGGAGGUGGACGGCUUGGAGCUGGUGAGGAAGUUCUCGGAGGACAUGGAGAGCAUGCUACGGAGGAAGGUCGAGGCCGUCAAGGCGCUGGUGGAGGCCGCCGAGGAGGCCGACCUGAACCACGAGUUCAACGCGUCUCUGGAGUUUAAUUAUUACAACUCAGUCCUGAUCAACGAGAGGGAUGAGAACGGCAACUACGUGGAGCUGGGGGCAGAGUUUGUGCUGGAGUCCAACGCACACUUCAGCAACCUGAUGGUCAACACCUCCAUCAGCAGCGUGCAGCUGCCCACCAACGUCUACAACAAAGACCCAGAUAUUUUAAACGGAGUCUACAUGACCGAAGCUUUGAACCCUGUUUUUGUGGAGAACUUCCAGAGAGACCCAACAUUGACCUGGCAAUAUUUCGGCAGCUCAACUGGAUUCUUCAGGAUCUAUCCAGGUAUAAAAUGGACACCUGAUGAGAACGGAGUCAUUGCCUUUGACUGCAGAAACCGUGGCUGGUACAUCCAAGCCGCUACUUCUCCCAAAGACAUAGUGAUUGUGGUGGACACAAGUGGCAGCAUGAAGGGGCUCAGAAUGGCCAUCGCCAAGCACACCAUCUCCACCAUCCUGGACACCCUGGGGGAGAAUGACUUUGUCAACGUUAUCGCAUUCAGUGACUACGUGCGCUACAUUGAGCCUUGCUUUAAAGGGACCCUUGUCCAGGCAGAUCGGGACAACCGCGAGCAUUUCAAACAGCUGGUAGCUGAGCUGGUGGUCAAAGGCGUGGGCAUUGUGAACCAAGCGCUGAGUGAAGCCUUCCAGAUCCUGCAGCAGUUCCAGGAGGCCAGGCAAGGGAGCCUCUGUAACCAGGCCAUCAUGCUGAUCAGCGAUGGCGCAGUGGAAGACUAUGAGCCGGUGUUUGAGAAGUGUAACUGGCCGGACCGCAAGGUCCGAGUGUUCACUUACCUGAUUGGGAGAGAAGUGACUUUCGCUGACCGCAUGAGAUGGAUCGCCUGCAACAACAAAGGCUACUACACGCAGAUCUCCACGCUGGCGGACACGCAGGAGAAUGUGAUGGAGUACCUGCAUGUGCUCAGCCGCCCCAUGGUCAUCAACCAUGAUCACGACAUCAUCUGGACGGAGGCCUACCUGGACAGCAAGCUCUUCACCUCUCAGUCUCAGAGCUUGGCACUCCUGACCACCGUGGCCAUGCCGGUCUUCAGCAAGAAGAAUGAGACGCGAUCUCACGGCAUUCUCCUGGGUGUGGUGGGCUCUGACGUGGCCCUGAGAGAGCUGAUGAAGCUGGCACCCCAGUACAAGCUGGGAGUGCACGGAUAUGCCUUUUUGAACACUAACAACGGCUACAUCCUCUCACAUCCUGACCUCCGACCCUUGUACAGAGAGGGGAAGACGCUGAAACCCAAACCUAACUACAACAGUGUGGAUCUCUCUGAAGUGGAGUGGGAGGACCGAGCUGAAACCCUGAGAACAGCCAUGAUCAAUGGGGAAACAGGUUCUGUCUCUAUGGAGGUGAAGGUUCCUCUGGACCAAGGGAAGCGAGUUCUUUUCCUGACCAACGACUAUUUCUUCACUGGCAUCAAGGACACACCUUUCAGUCUGGGCGUGGUGCUAGCUCGGGGCCACGGAGAAUACAUCCUCCUGGGGAACACAAUGGUGGAAGAAGGCCUGCACGACUUGCUUCACCCAGAUGUGAGCCUGGCCAGUGAAUGGAUCUACUGCAUUACAGAUAUCGACCCGGACCACCGGAAGCUCAGCCAGCUGGAGGCCAUGGUCCGUUUCCUGACCAGGAAGGACCCAGACCUGGAGUGUAAUGAGGAGCUGGUGCAGGCAGUGCUGUUCGACGCCGUGGUGACGGCCCCCAUGGAAGCCUAUUGGACAGCGUUGGCUCUCAACACCUCCAUUGCAUCUGAGGACGGGGUGGACAUGGCCUUUCUGGGCACCCGCUCGGGCCUCCUGAGGAGCGGCUUGUUCGUGGGCUCCGAGAAGGUCUCUGACAAGAAGUUCCUGACUCCUGAAGAUGAGGCCAGCGUGUUCACCAUGGACCGUUUCCCGCUGUGGUACCGCCAGGCGGCCGCACAGCCCACGGGCAGCUUUGUCUUCAACAUCCGCCCCACAGAGGCAUCAGAAAGUCCGGGCCGGCCAGUGGUGGUAACGGCAAGCACCGCUGUCACUGUGACAGUGGACGAGAAGACAGCCGUGGCUGCAGCAGUGGGCAUCCAGAUGAGGCUGGAAAUCCUCCAAGGCAAAUUCUCGGCCGCAACCCAGCAGUGCAGUGAUGUGGACGGGCCGUGCCCAAAGAGCUGCCAGGACAGUGACCUGGACUGCUUCGUCAUAGACAACAACGGGUUCAUUCUGGUCUCAGGGAGGCCCCAAGAGACGGGAAGAUUUCUGGGAGAGGUGGAAGGUGCCGUCAUGACGCAGCUGCUAAGCACAGGGAUGUUCAGCCAAGUGACCAUGUAUGACUACCAGGCCAUGUGUAAGCCCCCCCAUCACCAGCACAGUGCGGCCCGGACCCUGGUCAGCCCAAUCCCUGCCCUCCUGACGGCUGCCAGGUGGCUGAUGAAUGAGCUCUUGCUGUUCCUGCUGGAGGGCAGUACCUGGCGUGUGGACAGUGGGGCCGAGGCCAAGGCUGUCUUCCAUCACUCCCACAAACACAAGAAGCAGGACCUGCUGCAGCCGUGUGACACGGAGUACCCUGUGUUUGUGCACCGGACGGCCAUCCAGGAGACCAACGGGAUCAUCGAGUGCGGGGCCUGCCAGAAGAUAUUUGUGAUGCAGCAGAUUCCCAAAAGUAACCUCCUCCUCUUGGUGACAGACUCCACCUGUGACUGUAGCAUCUUCCCGCCAGUCCUGCAAGAGGCUAGAGAAGUCAAAUACAAUGCCUCUGUCAAGUGUGACAGGAUGCGCUCCCAGAAGCUCCGCCGGCGACCGGGUUCCUGCCAUGCCUUCCAUCCUGAGGAGAACGCCCAGGACUGUGGUGGUGCCUCAGACAGCCCGGCCUCGCUGCCCCUGCUCCUGCUGCCCCUGUGUGCCUGGGUGCUUCCGCCUCAGCUGCUGCUGUGACACCCACCCCGCCUGACCCUGUGUGCUGGUGAGGUGCUCCUUCCAGAGACAUCCUAAAGGGUCGGCAACUGCUGGUCCCUGCCUCCUGAGGUUGCCAGAUGGAACAAGAAACCAAGUCCAGUGUCCAAAAGGCCACCCCUCCAGGGUGCCUGGAGCAGCCCUCCCCAGCAGACGUCCUGCCAUCCUUCCUACCCCUGCGUCAGGAGUUCAGAUGGGCUCGACUUGGACCGGUUAGUCCUACCUAUUCUCCAGAAGUCUGGACCUGACCCAAGAAAGGGCCACCUGUUUGUAAUGAACGACGUUGGCUUUCAGGAGAAUCUAAGGGCCUACAGGGGCUGGGAAAGGCAGAGAUGACACGAGGGCAACAUGUCCCAGCUACAGCAGCUUCUUCACAGGGACGGGUGGCUCCAUUUCCCAGCUGCUGCU